AUGGACACAACAUCGACACACCCCUGGGCCCUACAACUCUCUUCCCCCCUCCAGUUUCUCACCUUGAAGACAGAAGAGGGGGGCGUCAAGCCUGAGAUUGCAAUCCUGUUCUUUGGGCUGGCCCUCAUUUUGGGCGCGCUCUGCAAGCAGGUCUCUGCACACACGCUCGUCCCCUACACGGUGGCCCUGCUCAUCAUUGGCAUUGUCCUCGGUGUCCUUGAUCACGUGCUGCACAAUGGGCUGGGCACGCUGGGGGAGAGCAUCCAGAUAUGGGCCGACAUUGAACCUGGUCUUAUCCUUUUCGUCUUCCUUCCGGCGCUGCUCUUCGAGAGCUCCAUGUCGAUGGAAGUCCACAAGUCAGGGUGA